GAAGAAGCAUUGGGAUUUUGAAGUAAUUUUACAGCUAAACCUAUUCUAAGGUCUAAGCAAUUGAUAUCCCUGAUAUAGGAAAUAAGGCUGGAAAGAAAUAAGUCUAGGAAAUUGAGGACCUUUUAUAAAUAGAUUACCUUCCAGCUUAAAAUAAUGUCAACCCAUAAUCUGUAAACAAGUGACUAUCAUUAAAUUAACGUGAUUUACAAAACAUCAAAAAUCUUUUCAUGAAUUUGUAUCACCCCCGCUUGCCAUAUCCAUCGUUCGAAACGUCGCGUGCACUUUGCUCACGCGUACACUGGCGAGGCACUGGUGGUAACACCCUGAAGCAUUACGCUUUUCUUUUCCAGUGUCUUGCCAUCUCGAAGCAUUCGGCCAUUUCCCCCCAAAAGCAACGAAAACCCAAAACCCAAAAAAAAUAACAAAACGCACACAGAACAGACUCGAGUAUGUUCUUUGUCUGGCGUUUUGGUUCCCUUUUUACGCGCUCCUCUUGGAACAUAUCAUCGUCGCCUGCUGCUGCUACUGCUGCUACUCUGCUCCUGUUGAUAUACCGCGGUGCGCGUUUGCGCUCUUGCUCUCGUGCGGGUUGGCGCUCUCAUGACACGCGUACCAACUCUCAGCUACAGUAAAGUCUCGGUUGGUGCAAAAUCUAAAGGGCUCGAUUUAGAAGUAGUAGUGCUGGGACUGGAAGGUUUCAAGUGUGAUAGGCGAUGGUAUUACUUGGGCAGCUUUUGCGAAUUAGCAUGCGAGGUUUGAGUGGCCCGCUCUUGAUCACUGAUGACAUAGAUAAGGGUUGGUCUUGUUGAACAGCCAUAAUAACAACCAUAAUGUCGUCCCGAUAUCGAACCAUAUAAUCAAGCAUAGUAAAAUGUAAACUGUAAGCACGUGCUUCUGGUUUUACAUUAACGUGCAUUUUACAAUGAAAGGGAUAUCUGCUAAUAAACAACACAAAUUUAAAAGUAAAAAAUAAAUAUUAAAGAGACUUAAAGCUAUAAAAUAUAAAAAUACAAUUCUACAAAAAAAGUAUUAAACUAACAACAAUUAAACAUAAAAAUAAGAAAAAGGGUGAGUUUACAAAACUUGGAACAAAAACAAUACGAAAAGUACAGCCGUUGGCAACACCAAGACUCAACUGUACGGUGUGCCUUCCUUGCCUCUCUGUUUUUGUUUUCCGUCGCAGUUUUGCUUGUGCUCUCACCAUUUUUCUUCCAUUUACGCACAUCGUCCUGUCCGCCCUUUGUUGGCGGCUUUCUCUGCAAAAAAAAGUCGUAGAAAAACAGGUUUUUUGUGAACAUUUAUUUUUUAAGUAAUAAGAAAAAUGUCCACCAAACCAGUUCAACUGCUCUCUCGUUCUGUCUGAAACACCUUCAUCCUUUUAUGACGUCGCUUUUUUAUGUCUACACCAGUGUGCGAGAGCUCUCGUCCUUGCGUAGUUUACGCGAUGUUUUUGCCUUUGAAACUCACACGAACACAUACACGCACGCGAUCCUUAGGGAGUAAGGGCACAGCGUGUACGCACACCACAGCACACAGCACACUGUUUGUGUGAGUGUGUGUUGCUUUGCUCACUGUCCGGUUCGGCGUUCUCUGCGCUCCGUGGCCCUCGAGACUUCUUGAAUGGGAACCGGGAGUCAGAAAAUAGACGUCCGUCCGCCAGUGCAGACGUCCGAGCGAGCGAACGAGAGCGCACGUGAGCGACAACAGCUUCUUCUCGGGCAGUGGCGGAGUUUCCGCAGUUGUACGCAGAGUAUUUCUUCGAUCGCGCGCGCGAGUGUACGCGAAGGAUACUAGAGAAGUGUGUAGCAGGCCCUUUUUGGGGGCUGUCUCUGAUUUUAAAUAUUCAAGUCGUGCGGUGUUGUGAGUCCUCGCGAUUAAAUCGAGGCAAACAAAGGACGUCGCAAACACAUCGCCCCCUCCUGGCCAAGUGCGUGUUGGAGUUGGAAACGCGUGGAGACCGAAUGGUGUAACGAUUAAAUUCCACGAUAAAGGCACAAGCGUGCCAGCACUGUGUUUGUGUUGUAAAAGCGUGUGUCCUGUUUGGGCUUGUUUUUUUUUUCUAUAAUUUGUGAUGACGUAUUCCGGUGUGUACGGCGGCCUCUAAGCGUAUCCUGCGAAGGAGAAGUUAUCGAUCUCUUUAAGUAGAAUAAGUGUAUACGUGUGUCUGUGUGAGAGAGAGAGAGAAAGAGCACAAGAAAAGUGCAGUGUAUUUAUGGUGUUGUGUGAGAGGAAAGCAAAAGCGCGUACGGCAUGAUUGGUUAACAUUCAGCACAGUUGACGUAUUUAAUUUGCAUAAAAUAGUAAUGAAAUUGUGCUACACAUGCAACCCACAGCCCACAAAAGCAUACCAUUUGUGAAGUGAAAGCUUGAUGUGUGUGCGACAGAGAGAGAGAGAGAGAGAGAGAGAGAAAGAGAGAAUGCAAAGGGCGUUGUGUUGUGUAAUGUUGCCAUAAGAAUUAUCGGCUUACCAAUUGCGGCGUAGAGCGCAUUCAGCGCGGUGAUAAAUUAGCUGUGAAAUCCAAGACUGUCUACAUCCGGAAAGGAAAGUGUGCUGGCUUUUCCAUUUUUGCACACUGUCCACACAGACACACACACACACACGUACACACUUUGCCGAUCUGUGACGCAGGCUAGAACACAGAUGAGUGAACGCAAGAUAAAUCAGUGACGCGGAAAGCGAAAGCGGCACUGAUAAGAGAGAAAGGGCACACACUCGUACGCACACACACACACAAGCACACAUUCUCAGACACACGUACAUCCGGAGUGAGUGGGAGGCGUCUGCGUGCGUCCCCCAUCCACCCCGCCCGCAAGCCAGCAUCAUCGCGUACCAACGGGACAGCCGGCAGCAACGGGCAGCGGCCGCCACCAGCGAGGAGAUGUUACUAUUUCAGAUACUAAAUUUCCCACAAAAAAUCGAUCGCCCAGCGCAGAUCUACUCCACACAUCACCAUCAUCCGAGCAGCGGUGGCAGUGUUGCCAGCAACAAUGGGCUGCUGGCCAGCGGUGGUAGUAGCAGCCUCGGCAGCAGCAGCCUGUGCGGCAUUGGACCGGGCGGCGGAUCGUACGUGUACGUACAUCAGCAGCAGCAGCAGCCACAGCAGCAGCAGCAGCAGAACCACCAGCAAUCAACACAGCACUAUGUGUCACCGCAGCAGCUUACCUACCAUCUGCAUUCGGCGACGGGUGCGGCCACCGGCAACGGGUAUCACCAUCACGGGUCGCACCAGAACAUCGCAACGCCCACCCUGCACAAGAAGGGCUCCAUCCGCAGCAAUGGCGAUGUGCUGAAGCGAACACGUGUGCAAAAUGCGUAUGAGCUGUCGCAGGACCUGCUGGACAAGCAGAUCGAACUGUUGGAGCGCAAGUACGGCGGUGUGAAGGCACGAAACGCGGCCCUGACGAUUCAGCGCGCCUUCCGCCACUACACGAUGGUGAAGAAGUUCGCCUCGAUCACGGCGAUGGCCAAGGCGGAGAAGCGCAUGAGCCGUCGGGUGCAGCAGCAGCAGCAGCAGUCGCAGCAGCAGCAGCAACAGAGCGACCUGGACAUGAUGCACCAUCAUCUGCAGCCGGCGACGGCCCUGGAGGAUGGACAGAUAUACGCCACCGAGGACGGUACGAUGGUCGGCCAGCAGCGUGUCUGUGCGACCAUCUCCGCGACACCACCGGGCACGCUGCACCAUCGCGUGACGCCCGUCCGGUCGAUGUCGCUGCGCGAGCGCCGUCUCGAUUCGAGCCCCAUCCCACGCAGUCAGUCCGGUACCGCAUCACCCGCUCCCGUCCCGAUCACCUCCUGGAGCCAAAGCCCGACCCAGCUCGUAACGGGUGCCGCCACAGCCCAGCAGCAGCAGCAGCAGUACUCCCAUCCGCAUGUAAAUAUACUUCACCAGCAGCAGGCCCAGCUGGCCGGGUACGGCUACACCCCGGCCGUGUCCGCCCAGUCCCACGCGGUGGUGAUGCAUCAUCACCCGCACCCGCACCAGCAGCAACAGUACCAAAGCCAGUAUGGAUCGCAGGAUUUGAAUGUGAGCGGCGCUAGCAGCGGCUCCCAGCUCGACUCGACCGUCUCGUCGAUGAACCUGUCCUGGAACUCGCAGACGGCCAGCACGCACCAAAGCCCGUACACGCCGCACUACACCGCCGCCCAGAUCUACAUGCGUCCGCGCGGUAUCGGCAUCGGCAGCUCGGGCGGCAGCAGCGGCAGCACGUCCAGUGCCGGCGGUCGCAAGGUACCGCCGGAGGUGCCGAAACGGACGAGCAGUAUUACCGGGCCGGGUGGUCAGCAGCACACGCCAAGUCGCUCGCUGCGCCCCAACGGACUGUGCAAGACGGCCGAAAAUGGAAGCCUCAGCUCGGUGCAGUCGUCGGGCAGUGAUUCUUCCGCCUCGGCUGCCGGGGUCGGUAUUGAGAUGAUAGGUGGGGGCGGUGGUGGCGGUUCGUCGGACCGUUCCAGCUCGCCCCAGUGGAAGCGGAAGGGUCCGGGCAGCAGCCAGAGCGGCAGCAUCACGCUGCUGCCGGCCCAGUCGCCCGAUCACAUGCUGCUGAGUGCGACGGACGGUACAACAGUCGUUGGUGGCGCUGCUGGACGCUCCAUCCACUCGACAGUGGCGACGGCCACGGCAACGGCCACCACUGCUAGCGGAGCGGCGACGGGAAGCAGUGCCAACGUGACGAUCACCAGCAUCGAGAGCGAGUGCCUGAGCUCGCACACCAGCGCCGCCCAGUACUCGAUGAUGGAGCAGCACGACCAGAUCGUGCACACGCCCACCUCGUACAAAGUGUCGGAAACGAUUCGCAAGCGCCAGUACCGGGUCGGGCUGAACCUGUUCAACAAGAAGCCCGAGCGCGGCAUCACCUAUCUCAUACGCAAGGGCUUCCUGGAGAAUACGCCCCAGGGCGUGGCCCGGUUCCUGAUCACGCGCAAGGGUCUCUCGCGCCAGAUGAUUGGCGAGUAUCUGGGCAAUCUGCAGAACCAGUUCAACAUGGCCGUGCUGGACUGCUUCGCCGGCGAGCUAGAUCUGUCCGGCAUGCAGGUGGACGUGGCGCUGCGCAAAUUCCAGGGCUACUUCCGCAUGCCGGGCGAGGCGCAAAAGAUCGAGCGGCUGAUGGAGGUAUUUUCGGCCCGGUACUGCCAGUGCAACAGUGACAUUGUGGCGCGGCUCCGCUCGCACGAUACGGUGUUUGUGCUGGCGUUCGCCAUCAUCAUGCUCAACACCGAUCUGCACACGCCCAAUCUGAAGCCGGAGCGGCGCAUGCGGUGCGACGAUUUUGUGAAGAAUCUGCGCGGCAUCGACGACUGUCACGACAUCGAUCGGGACAUGCUGAACGGCAUCUACGAGCGGGUGAAGGCGAACGAGUUCAAGCCGGGAUCGGACCACGUGACGCAGGUGAUGAAGGUGCAGGCGACGAUCGUGGGCAAGAAGCCGAACCUGGCGCUGCCGCACCGCCGGCUCGUCUGCUACUGCCGGCUGUACGAGAUACCGGACAUCAACAAGAAGGAGCGGCCGGGCGUGCACCAGCGCGAGGUGUUCCUGUUCAACGAUCUGCUCGUGAUCACCAAGAUCUUUAGCAAGAAGAAGUCGUCGGUGACGUACACGUUCCGCAACAGCUACACGCUGUGCGGAAUGGUCGUUACGCUGCUGGAUGUACCGAACUAUCAGUUCUGCAUUCGACUAUCGCAGAAGGUGGACGGCAAGGUGCUGGUAACGUUCAACGCCCGCAACGAGCACGACCGCUGCAAGUUUGCCGAGGAUCUGCGCGAAUCGAUCAGCGAGAUGGACGAGAUGGAAACGCUGCGCAUCGAGGCGGAGCUGGAGCGGCAAAAGUCAGCCCGCGGCGGCACGCGCACCACGAACAGCGAGAACCGGGACAGUGGCGUCGCGGACGUGGAAGUUUGCGCCGGGCCGUAUCCGGGUGCGGGCGUCCCGGGCGGACUGGUGCCGGGCAGUGUCGGUGGCGUAUCGCCCAACGAGUGCGGGUUGGCCCACACGCACAGCGAGGCGCAGCUGAAGCGUAGCGCUCUCAGCAACUCGCUGCUCGAUAUGCACGAACAAUUUGGCAAUGAAAAGCCGCAACGGCGCGGCAGCGUCGGCUCAUUAGAUAGUGGAAUGUCGAUCUCAUUUCAAUCCACCUCCGCAAGCACUGGCUCACGUAGCGAUAUCAAAGUACGAAUGCUGCCUCACAGCAACACCUCCGGUCAGAUAAUUAUGCAUGCCGGGCAGCAUCCCGCUGCCCUCAUGGGUGCCAUCUAUCAUCAGCAAAUUCAUCACCAUCAACAGCACCACCACUCGCAGCAGCAGCAGCAGCAUCAUCAUCCGGUGGUUGGCCAAAGCAGCACCACUGGCGGCGGAGUGAUCGUUUCGGUGGGUCAACCGGGAUCCUCCCAACAGCAGCAGCAACUGCAUCACCACCCUGGUGGGCAACCUACGACAGGAGUACAGCAGCAACAUCAGGCAGCUUCAGCGAUGAACAACAACGGUAUGGCGAUGGUCGGCGGUACGAGCACUACCAGUAUCGGCAACCCGAACAACAGCCUCAGCACACAGAGUGGAGCUAUCCACCGGCGCGAGCGGAAACCCUCCCGUACCGAAGAUGCCGCUACGGUAGCGGCACUGGCACUGGCAGCCAGUGCGGGAGUCUCUAGCGCCAUGGCCGUGGCCAGCAGCAGCAGCGCUACUGGUGGUGGUGGCCCGAACAGCAGCAGCAACAGCACGGCCACGGGCGGGAACUAUGGCCGGUCGACGGAGGUCUAAUGCAGCCGGAGCAGCAGCUCAGUACAACCGGGCGGGAGGGAGACGCAUCAGACGAACUCACGGUGCAGUCGCUCACGGCAAGGAUCAGCACGAUCACUACCAACACGUCCGCACUGAUCGACAUCAGUUAACAGCGCAGCACACCUUUAUUAUUAUUACGUGUUUUUUUUGUUUUGUUUAGAAUCGUUUUGUUUGUAUUUUAAAUUGGUUCCUCCUUUUUCCCUUCUGGUUUGAACAGUGUAAAUAUAAGAUUAGAACAAAGAUCAUCGUGUGUGAGUGUGUAUGCGUGUGUGAGUUAGUAACAACCAAGAAGGGAAAGCAAGGGAGGAGGAAUUUUGUCAGCAAUCCACUUUUGGGUGUUUCCUUGUUGUACACAAACACGCUCACCCAGCUAAGAAGCUAUGAUUUGAAGGCAAGGAAAAAAAGUUACAUAAAAUAGAUGCAAAAAGUGAGGUUAUAAAAGUGAGAAGGAUUCCAAUUAAUUUGUAUUUAGAAAGCACGCAAGUAGAGGAGUUGUAGGAAACGAAAAGGGAUGAGGCGGAGCGUAAUGGAAUUAAUUUGUUAUUCUAUUGUUUUUCACAUUCUGUUUUUUUUUGUAAUUUAAAUAUUUAAUUCUCUUAUUUCCAAAUAACACACUGUCUGUGUGAACACUGUGUCUUCACUGUGUGUCGUGUUGUUGUUGCUGUUACUGUUGUUUGGUAGUGAUCGUAGCUCCCUGCGUUACCGGAGACGUUACACCGAGGCGUUACAAACACACCGUGUUACAUACCGCGUAUUGCAAAAUUAGCUCCAAAAGAAGAAAAAAGAAGCAAAAGAUGGCCCCCGUUAUCAUCCUCAUCAAUCAUGAAAUCUCCCUCUAGUUCCUUUUUAGAUUGUUAAACAGGCAAGCACAGGUAGAGCGAGUGCGCCGGACCAUUCCUUUUUUGUCUUUGAGAAGAGUAAGAAAAAGAAGAAGAACAAGAAGAAGAAGAAGAAGAAGAAGAAAAACAUGCACAAGGAUAUAAAACAAUAAUUCAAGCAAAACAGGCAAGAUAGAACAGAAAAUGGAUUCAUUACAAGAGCGAAGAGCAAAAAGAGGAGAAAACAAGAGUAUACAAAUGAAAUCAUUCUAAUGUUUUCCCCGAGUACAAUACCCUCUCCCUCGGCACGCCCCACCCAUUACCCUCCCACUUGUUGCGCGUUCUAUAUGUGUGUUCGUUCGUUCGUUCGCAUCGUUUUUAUGUAUGUGUGUGUGUAUGUAUGUAUGUUUAUUAGCAAAGAGCAAAACUAAUUAAACAAAAAGAAGCAUAAAACAAAUGAAAAUAGUACACAAAACAACACUUCUCACUGCAACACAAAACGUCCCCCGUCGACAAAGAAGAAGAAGAAGAAGAAGAAGAAGAAGAAAAAAGGAAAAGAAUAAUAGCUAUUUACUCUGUACUAAAAAGUGUAUAACCUUCCCACUUCUACCCGCUAAUUGAUAGUAAAACUCUCCAAACAUACAAUCAUCAUUCAUACAACGGAAGAAAAAGAACUUGCUAAAAGAGAAGACAAAUUAAAAAAGAAAGAUUAAUAGAGAGAGAGGGAGAGUAGCUAACAAACAAGAAUCAUCGACUAAAAUGAUAAAAACAAGAGAGAGAGAGAAAAAAACAUGCUGAAAAAGCAUGUUUUCUCAUCCAAGCAACUCGGUGCCAUUUUGUUUCGUAGUUAAGGGAACGAAAAUGAAAGAGAGAGAGAGGGAGAGAGUGACAGUGAAAGACGAUGCAUAGUAGGCGCUUUGUUUUUCCUCUGCUUUCCUCUCAAUCACAUUUGCGCUGUCUCUGUACUCUCGCCAACAUGCUUUAUCAUCUCUUGUGCUGCUUCUGCUAAAAAAACGACAUAUAUUCAUCAAACACACAUACAUACUAAAAAAAAAACAACAACAAACAUUUAACUAACAGAAUAAUUGGAGGUACAAUUACUAAGUGUCCAGAGCAGCCACAACAACGAGUGGCGAAGAAGAGAACAAAUGUCCUUUGUGCAGGGAAGGAAACGUAACAAAGGAAGGUUAAAGAAGCGCAAAAGAGAAAAAGCAACAAUUUAAAGGAACGGAAAGAUUUGAUGAGAGGACUGUUAAGAGAGAGGGUCCCGUUUUUGUGUGUGUGUGCGUAAUUGGGGAAAAGCUUUUACAUUUCGAUGUACAACAAGACAUCUACUGUCUGAUGGUGUGUCUGUGUGUGUGUAGGUAUGGAUUGGGUUAAUGAGAAGCGUGUAAGGAAGAAAUGGAAGAAGCGAUGUCCUUCUUUGCUCUUGUUCUCCUUCUCCAUUCCCAUUGUGUAAUUUUGUGUACUAUAUAUAUAUACAUAAUAUCUAUGCAAAUAUUACUAUUACUACUAUUACUACUACUAUAACUCUACCUGCCCUCUUUCUCUAAAUGAUAUAUUUAACAAGAAAGACGACGGUUAAGAUCGGAGUCCGUUUCCCAUUUGCUCUCCCCCCUUUAUUCCGAGCGGUGGGAUAGGGGAGAUUGAAACAUAAGACACAUGUGCGUGUGUGUGUGUUGUCUUCUUAGUUUGGGUACUUUUACCAUUCGGGGGCGUGAAAAAAAAAACUAUCGGAUAAGAUGGAUAUGGACAAAAAUAAAUAAUGACCAAUUGACGCUAAGAAAAUUGAUUGACCAAAAAAUAGGAAGAA